AUUUUGACUGGGUGUGGCACAGGGUCAUUCAGUAGCACGACUACAGGAGCAACAUUAAGGAUAGGUUAAAGGUGCUUUUCUUACCGCUUUUUAUGCCUCUCUCCCUUAGGAUGAGAAAGGCAUAACAAGCGGGGUAAGCGAGCACCGCAAUAGCCUACCUCUAACAACAUCAUCUUCAGCUAGUACAGGAGGAGCAUCAUCUUCGGCUAGUACAGGAGGAGCAGCUCCUAGCUCCAAGCUCCUAGCUCCAACCACGGCGAAGACCACAUGCCAGAGCAGUGCGCUGAUCCGUAGUUUGAGUAUCACAAACUCGGAUUUUUCUUUAGACUUGCAGACGAAGGGGCUAUUUUCCUCGGUGCAGGGUCCUCUAUCUUGUUUGACGAACAAUAGCGAUAUCUUGUUCCUAAACAACUCUGCUGGAGGGCAAAACAACUUAUGAGUACCUGAAUGAAUCGGUCCUUCAUUGUUUUGAUACUGUGAAAAAAAGCCCGAGAUGAUUUUGGUGCUGCUUUCUCAAUGCAAAAAGCAGAGAAAUUUCGAGGUGCUAUGCUUGUCAUGAAUUUCAAUAGAUACUUUCCCUUUGUUUUCUCCUUUCAUGAAAUGGUGAGAUGCAACAAUUAUGCGAAGAGGCGUCGCAGCUGAUGAUGCCGACAGGCGCUGUGAAUGGUGGGAGCCAGAGCCAGCUGUUCUCCAUGCCGUCAACAACAUCAAGCAAUCUUCUUCUUUCGACUGGUGGAACGAUAUUCAAUAGCAUGCAAGAGCAGCCACUCUUGACGAGUAAUAUGCCAGGCUCAUCCUCUAGUUCUGUUUCAAUGUCAGGACUAUCAACACAAGGCACAGCUUUAGCGGGUACAACUUUAGGGAUCGCCCCAUCGGUUGCCAUGAGCACGAUGCCUCCUCCCCUCUCUACUACAACCAGCGCCGUGUCUCUACCGCCACCUUCUAUCAACAUGAUGGGGCCGACAACAUCGUCAACGAACAACAACAACAGUUUAUUGGCAGCAACAUCAUCGACGACUCACAACAACGGCAUUUCUUCGACUAACGAUCUCUUGGCGCCAACAACAUCGACUUCGGCACAGUUGAUGGGUGCUACAAAUUUUUCCGAUUUGGCUAGAAGCUUCUCUGUAACCAGUACCGCGAUGGGGACAUGCAUGAGCCAACUCGACCAUCUCUUCGCUACCCCUACUUUAUCGCAGCACCAGCAAUCAACUCCGCAACUGGUGAACUCAGCUUGUAAAGGCACUGGAAGCUCUUCAACCUUAGGGGGACCACCACCACAGCAAAUGCAAAACUUACAAAUGCCGACGACUGGUUCUGCCACUUUAGGAGGACCGCAGAAUCAACAGCAGUUUGGAGGCGUUACGCCGCAAGGUGCAGGAGGAGCAAAUGGCUUUAACAGUGGCAUUGGACGAUCAGGAGCAGCAGUAGUGCCAUCUACUGUUAAGGCAUAUCACAUCCUGAGCACACACAGAUCCUCGUAUUAGGUUUCUAGAACUUCCUUGGACCGCCUCAGGAACUGUUUCAUCUCGCCGAUAGAUGAGAAAAACUAUCUGAGGUGCACUGAUGAUAAUUUUGUGAAUGAAAUAACCAAAUUAAAACCAAUGUAAGCUCGUCUAAGAAGUGCGUCGACCUUACACGAUCGAGUGGAAUCGUGACUGUAGCACCCUUUACAGAUCAACGGAGCAGGAUGGCGUUUCCGACGAACCACCGCAGUAGCGGCACCACAAGCCAGAUGGCAUUUCCGACUAGGGAAAGCAGUACCACCUGCCAGAUGGUCUUUCCGCCACAGCAGCAGAGCAAUAGCGCAAUCUCUUAAGGAGCAAGGUACAUAGUGUUUCUUCAUCGUUUCCUGUGAAGCUGUGAAAAUACUAAGUAUAUGUGUCGUCCCAAAUAAGUAAGUGUUGUAGUGAAGGGUCUUGUGUCCGAGUUCUGCAGCCGGUUCUGACCUAAGUAGCAAAAGCAGGUAGUACAAAUACAACGUACAUCAAUCACAAUCAGCCACAGGACGAUGAAGCACAGGACGAUGAAAAAAAGCCUUCUACCUGCUCUCCAUCUCUAAUAUUCAGCGGGCCAGAACUCUUUGUCUUGUUCAUCGAAUGUGACGUCCUCCUAUGGUAUACAGCCACAAGGGUCCAAUCCUACGUCAAUUCAAGGGUCGAAUCCAACAUCAUCAAUAUCCCAUUCUGGUCCACAACCGCAGGGGUCCAAUCCAACCUCGAUGUCAUCCUCUACUUCCAUGGGACCGCACGGGCAAGGUCUUCCUUCGACAUCAGCAAAAUCCUCAUCAACUGCAGCACAGCCAUCCAAUCGAUUUGCUGAACUGGGCAUCAAUGUCCCUCCACCUGCCGGUCGAUCUGCCGCACUUUCUAGUGAAUCCACACUGGCUCUCCAACAGUUGGGAAGUACUGACUCACACUGUGGAUUUUUUGUUGUUCUGAUUCUAGAUGUUGCUAAAAGUUCAUUCACUAUGAACAGUCGUCCUUCAUCUUCAAGAAUUGGUAUUUAUACUAAAGCUUCCCGUGGUUUCCCUUUCACAGCCUUCGCAUGAAGGUAUGUAUGGUAUAGAUUUGAUAUGUGCAAUGUAGUAAUGGUAUGUUAGUGUAUAUAUAUGAAGGUAGGUAUGUAAAAGGGUGUGAUUAUGUAUUGAGAAUAAAUGUGUAUAUAUGACGAGUGUAUUGUUAUGAAAUUGUAGAUGUUGAGGUGUAUUUUUAUGUAUUGUAGGUGUGGCAGAUAUGAACUAAGAAUAUUUACUGGUUUUUAUCCCGUGGUUUCCCUUUCACAGCCUUCGCAUCAAACAACUCCGGCGUACUGCCACCCGAAAUUUUGAACCCGUUUGUCCAAGCCGCCCAAGCCGACGGCCUACCAAAAGGCCGCAUAGCAAGAGGAAAACACUCAACUCGAGGAGGGGUACUGAUAAGAUUACUUACUGCCGCUUUAUUGGAGGUGUUUUUCCUUUUGAUAGAUAAACACGGAGAGCGAUAUUGUUAAAAUGGAAGUUUCUUUUCGUUGUCUGUUCAUCAACUGCUACCUUCUCCAGGGCGGCGCUUUCGCAUUGGGCAAAGGUGCAAAGACUUCAUGUAGUAAGAACGGGCCAAGGGGGACUUUUAGCGAGUAUUUUGGAGGCAAAGUAGGAAAAGACUCGAAUACUGGCAAAUUUCGAUACGACGAAGUAGGAAAGGGAAUGGUGACGUCAAGUGACUCCUAUUCGGAAUCAACAUAUUAUGGCUCACAUACUAAGUAUGAAGCCUCCUAUUCGGAAUCGACAUAUUAUGCAUUCCUCUUUCAUAUUAUCAAUGUAGAUUUUCUACCACGAGCGGCUGCGGCACGCCUUGCUUAGUCCUUUGCCUUUUCUAACUCUCCACUUUUGGUGCCACGUCAUUCACAUGGAAACAGGACAAAAAGAAGUCCUCGUAUUUUCACGACGGCUACAAUCACUCGUAUUUUCACGACGGAAACGCAAAGGAGUACAACAAGGACGAGUACAACAAGGAGUACUUGAUUAAGGCUGCUAGUGCUUCCCCCCAUCGCAAUCCAUCUUUAGACAAGCAUUCUGGAGGACAGGCUCUGGCUCUUUAAGGGCAAAAGGGAUCUAGGAUGUAUCUCGUGAAGGGAUCUUCUAGGAUGUAUCUCGUGAAGGGAUCUUCUAGGAUGUAUCUCGUGAAGGGAUCUUCUAGGAUGUCGAUCUCAAGAUGGACGAUUAGGGGGGAGCUCUUGCUCUAACUUAA